UCCGUUCAUCUUCCUCCUUCCUUCUCGCCGUCAGUUGCUCCUCCAUCGUCUGGAUGUACCAUGAGCUCGAUGUUUCGCAUCACCCCCAGCCUAUGGGACAAGAUCCACCAUUUUGCUAGCUUCCCGCAAACGGGAGUUUCUCUACAACAAAUGGUCCUCUUUGGCAAGAAUCCUAGUCAGGGAACUCUGCUGAAAGCUAGCCAAUUUCUUGCUGAGGAGCUCCCCGUUCGUUUGGCUCACCGCGUCAAAGAACUUGACGAGCUGCCACAUAAUCUCAGCUCCAUGCCUUCGAUAAAGAAGGUAAAGAAUUGGUAUGCACAGUCAUUCGAAGAACUCAUAACGUUUCCGCAAAUCGUUCUUCCCCAACAUAUUCGGCGCGCCUUGAUUGGAACGCGUGAUGACAAACUUUCAUCGCUUCCUGAACCCGUUCCGAACCCAUCUUUGGCGCAAUUAGUAGAAGAUUAUGCCAAUAAUCCUCAUCUGCACACAAGUUACCAUGGUGGAUCGCAAGGCAUGAUGAAUUUGAGCGGAAACGGUGGUAAUGGGUUCAAUAAACUGAAGCUUAGAGUUCCUAUGGAGAGAAGGUACUACGCCAACACCGACAACAUUGACUGGCCUCCUCAAGUGCGGGACUACAACGCACGCUUCACUAAAACCCUGGAGGCGAUAAAGAGUCGCCACGACCCCACCGUGACGACUGUAGCACAAGGUGUUCUAGAGUGGAAACGUAGCAAGGGGGAAAGAAAUAUUGGGCUCGACGUUCAGGCAUGGUUGGACCGGUUUUAUCUUUCACGGAUUGGCAUCCGGUUCUUGAUUGGACAACAUAUUGCGCUGAACAGCGAACAGUCGCACGAUGACUAUGUCGGCAUAAUUUGCACCAAUGCCAACGUUCACGACAUCGUACAAGAAGCCAUUGAAAAUGCGCGGUUCGUAUGCGAAGAGCAUUACGCCAUGUUCAAGGGACCUCCCGUUCAGCUCAUUUGUCCUCCCGACCUUUGCUUUCCUUAUGUGCCAGGCCAUCUUUCGCAUAUUGUUUUCGAGCUCUUGAAGAACUCUUUGCGUGCGGUUGUGGAAAGAUUUGGUGUUGAUGCAGAAAAUGGUUAUCCACCUAUAAAGGUAGUUGUAGUGGAGGGCACGGAAGAUAUCACUAUAAAAAUAAGCGACGAAGGCGGCGGCAUACCCCGAAGUGCCAUACCAUUAAUCUGGACGUACAUGUACACGACGAUGGAAGGUCAAGGCGUGUCUGAAGAUUUUAACGCAAGCGAUUUUAAGGCCCCUAUGGCUGGAUUCGGUUAUGGGCUACCAUUAUCAAGAUUGUAUGCUCGUUAUUUUGGUGGCGAUCUUCGACUAAUAGCUAUGGACGGGUUUGGGACCGAUGUGUAUAUUCACCUCAAUCGGCUGUCGAGCAGUCGAGAGCCGCUACCCUAGAUGCAUCGUAUCUGAUCAUCUAUCAUCUGAAGGACUUUUUCCGGCCUUCAAUAUUCCACAUAAGUGUACUAUUACUAAUAUGUCUAAACUACGAAAGACAGAAAAUUGGUUGUAUCGACAACGUGUGACUGUUUAGCCCCCAUACAAAUAACUCUAUUCUGUCUGUAGUAUCAGAAUUCCCGAAGGAAAUUUGAUGUAGUGUACCCGAGCGUGUGAUCAAACAAGCUCGAGCUUUUGCGUGG